AUGCCACCUCACAAAGAAUUGAUUCAGCCACGCAAAGCAUUCUUUGACCUGCUAACACACAGAAAUACAGGUACCAAAAGUACUGAGCUAGAGUCGGGCUUUCAGGAUGAGGUCCAACCGCCGAUUGAGGACGCUCAACCGGUGUGCCCACCACACACCACAGACCAGCGUCUUUUAAAUCGCAUCGAUCUUCACGUAUUACCAUGGCUAUGCAUUAUGUACUUACUGGCGUUUCUCGAUCGCGUCAACAUUGGCAAUGCAAGGGUGUUCGGACUUGAGCGAGAUUUGGACUUGGGCCAUGACAAUCGCUUCAAUGUUGCCCUGGUAAUAUUCUUCAUACCAUACAUUCUAUGCGAGAUACCAUCAAAUCUCCUCUUGAAGAAAUUCAAACCUCAUGUCUGGCUUUCUAUCAAUACCGUCGGUUUUGGUCUGAUCAGCCUCAUCCAGGGCUUUGUACAAAACUAUUCUGGACUUCUCGCAGUGCGGUUCUUCCUAGGCGUCUUCGAAUCAGGAAUGUAUCCUGGUUGUUUCUAUCUGAUCGGCUGCUGGUACCGAAGACCUGAAGCUCAGAAAAGGUACUCUUUCUUCUUUGGCUCAACAAUCCUCGCAGGAGGGUUUGGAGGCCUCCUGGCUGCUGCUAUCGGCAAGCUCGAUGGUGUGCAAGGUUAUGCAGGCUGGAGAUGGAUCUUCAUUGUCGAGGGUGCAUUCACAGCUUUGGUUGGCAUUGUUCUUUUUUACCUUCUGCCAGACUUUCCCGAGGAUUCCAAGUGGCUUACGACGGAAGAAAAACAAUACGUUACAGCACGUCUUCAAGUCGAGCAAGGGAAGUCGCAGUUGGACCACAAGAUAACCAUCAAAGAUACUGGCAGGCUCUUGCGGGACGUCAAAAUGGUCCUUGGCGGACUGAUGUACUUUGGCUUGAUCGUCCCUGCUUACCCAUAUGCGUAUUUUGCUCCCAGCAUCAUACGUGAGUGGGGAUAUUCCUCCAUCCAGACCCAACUCUAUACAGUGCCUCCAUGGGCUGCGGCGUUCGUCUUCUGCAUGGUCACGGCGACCCUUUCGGACUAUUUCAGACACCGACUGUUGUUUGUCUUACUGACCAUUUCUGUUGCGGUCGCCGGGCUGGGUAUCUUGGUCUCAGUCAGAGACAACACAUCCCUUCAAUACGGCGCACUCUUCCUCCUGGCGAUGGGCACCUACUCUGCAAUGCCGCUGGUGAUCUGCUGGUUCAACAUGAAUCUUGGUGGCCAUCGACAACGUGCGAUUGGUUCAGCAUGGCAGAUUGCUAGUGCCAAUACUGCCGGCAUCAUCUCGAUCUUCGCCUUCCUCGAGAGGGAUGCGCCUCACUAUACCACUGGUUACGUGCUGUGCUUCGCGUUCAUCUGUCUCAGUGCGGUCACCUCUUUGGCUUAUGCCUUCUCUUGCUGGAUGUCGAACAAGAAACGAGAUCGAAUGUUACCCAACAAUCUAACAGAGCAGGAGAAGGAAGACAUGGGAAGUCAGAGUCCAGACUACCGGUACAUGCUGUGA